AUGACCGAUAAAUUACCACCCAAUCUGCUCAAGUUGUUCGCUCCACGACCUCCAUUACCAUAUGCACCACCUCUUGAUAAAGAACCUGGAAAACGUACAGGCGCACGCAUCACAGGCAUUGCCGAUUACCUGCCCAUGCUCAAAAACUAUGACCCCGAUUACGUCCCCUGGAAGACUUUGGAAGAGAAACGCAAAGAAAGGGCAGAGAACAAAAAGAAACAAGCAGAUGAGCGACUCGAAGCAGCGAUCGCAACAUAUGAUCCUGAGAAAGAUGAAAAGGUCCAAGGCAAUCCUUUCAAUACGCUGUUUAUUGGUCGACUCAGUUACGAUUUGCAAGAAGAUGAUUUGAUGCGAGAGUUUGAACAAUAUGGUCCUGUGAAACAUUUGCGAUUGGUACGAACAGCCGAUGGGAAAUCACGUGGUUACGCAUUCAUUGAAUAUGAGAGAGAAAAAGAUAUGCGAGCUGCAUACAAGGAUGCUGAUGGCUUGAAGAUGUUGGGACGCCGUAUUCUUGUGGAUGUUGAGCGUGGACGCACUGUUAAAGGUUGGAAACCACGUCGUCUCGGUGGUGGCCUUGGCAAUGUACGAAAUGGAGCUCCUGAAAAGCCUGCUGCACCUGAAAGAUAUUCAUCAUCUUACAGCAAUGACCGUCGUGACCGUGGAUAUGGUGGUGGAAGUCGCUAUGAUGGAGGCUACCGUGGUUAUAGUGGCGGUGGCGGUGGCAGUCGUGGCUACGGUGGCGGCGGUGGAGGAGGUGGAAGAUAUGGCGAUGAUAGGCGGAGGCCGCGUAUGCGUUCGAGAAGUCCUCGUGGAUAUAGAGAUCGCUAUGGUGGCCGUGGUAGAGACCGAUCCCGGGACCGAAGCCGUAGAUAUUAA